GUUCGGAUACAGUAUGCAUUUCGAGGUUCGCAAACACUCUCUCCUUCGUAAUUCUUUUGCUUUUCAUGUCUGAAGCGGCGUGGACUUCGCAGGGUGCAGACCGACCGGCUUAAAGAUCUAGGAUACUAGGUUGAAUUCUACCAAGUGAAGGCGUUGCUUGAAAGAAACUGGAAGCAAAUAGGGCAGGUUAACCGUUAGGUUCAAGUGAGUCCCGGCCUUCGCCAAUGCCAUGAUCUUUUCCAACUUAAAUCCUGUAGCUUUUAUCUGUUAUUUUUAUUUCCAGGGCUGCUAGUACACAUUCUGCGUCUGUGAAUGUUUGGAAUAUUCACUCCGCUGUCCGCUCGAUCCCUCCGAUCACUACGUCUACCUCGCACACCAUGCCGCACAUUCUCCUUUACCCACAAUUACCGAUUUCCACGCCUUCCAUCGAAACGAGUUGAUGGUGUGCUGGAAACCAAUGUCACAGAAAGAGGGCUACCCCAAGUGCCAUCCUUUCGGGAACAAGUCGCUCGGGAAAUACCAGUACAGUCGUUCACGGAUUCCGUGAAAGCACCUUCAAUAAGGAAUCAAGUGAUGUUCUUUAUCUUUGGUACUUUUGUGGUUUUCACCCUCGCCGCCAGGAAAACUAAUUACGAUACUGCCGUUUGGACGGAGAAGCUCUCACAUACUGGCAACCUCAUAUGGAAGCUAAGGAUUCCUACGAGUGAGGAGAUCAGGAGGGCGAGGCAUUUCGAGCUAGGGAAGAAUUUACAAAAUGGUCUAAAAUCGCUGCAAGAGACUAUCGAGGAAUGGCCAAUAAUCAUCAAGCACACAGUAGUAUGGACGUAUAUCCAAGUCCUUCAACCUAUUUUGGAUGCUUCAGAAGGCAAACGCCUGUGCUGGGCGAUUGGCCUGACGAAUGCUGCUGUCUGGCUUGUCUGGCAGUUCCCUCAAGCACAGCGGAUCAUGACGAGGAGCUUUACGCAUAGCCCGCUAUCGGGUUUAUCAUAUACACUGCUUACUAGUAUGUUCAGCCACAAGUCCUUCCUCCAUUUCGCGUUCAACUCAAUGGCGCUGGCAAGCUUCGGGUCUGCCGCAAGCUUAUGGAUGAUGAGAGCUCAGAACCAGAGUUGGACAGGUCUUCCAGAGGCAACGCCAAAAUGGCAUUUCCUAGCAUUCUUCAUAUCAGCUGGUCUCUUCUCUGGGCUCGUAUCACACGUGGUUGCCGCACGAUUCCGGUUCCCUCGCAUCGUUGCCCUGCUGAAAUCUAGGCCACUUACUGUCUCAGCAACAGGUGCAAACCUCAAGGCUGGGGUGGCUGAAGCUACAAAGAACGUACCGAAGAUACUUCCUUCGCUCGGAGCUUCAGGUGCUAUUUACGCAGCAGUGACGCUAACAGCGCUUGCUUUUCCUGAGACGGAAAUCGCACUGAUUUUCCCUCCGACGCCUCCGAUCCCUAUCCAGCUCGGUGUCGGUGGGUUGAUGGCUAUUGAUAUCAUAGGGGCUCUACGUGGUUGGAGGUUGUUUGAUCAUUGGGCCCACCUAGGUGGUGCAGCCUUCGGGGUAUUGUACUAUCACUACGGCAUGAAGGUGUGGGAUACGUUCCGUGCGGGAAACCUCGGCUCAGCCCCCGAUCGACAAAAGAAGGACUGAGGCGAUGUUUCAUGCGCUACGUGUUUGAUAUACCUGUAGAAUGGUUACCUCCCCUCACCGGACAAUAUGAGCAUGAUUUUGCUGUCGCAGAGAUACAGAUACGCUCAUUCGCCACUGAGGGACUUGUUGGAUCCUAUUCGCUUGAGCAUAGGACUGGAUUACGGAUAAUCUUAAGGGUGGUCUUAAAUUACUCUUCUCGCCAGCUCAAUUUCAACCUGUUGAGGUGAGUUCUCCAAUAAUACUGUUCAUCAGCU